CUAUUUCAUUAAAAAUCAUUUAUAAAAUAUGAUAUAUACCAAAAGCUUACACGAUUCUUGGGGGAAAAAACCUUACACGACUAGGCACAUCUUCCUUUCGUAAGUCAGAACCAGUGCAGGGUAGAUCACAAACCCAUGCUACCUUCGAGGUUGAAAACCUUAAUCCAACGCCAGCGAGUAACAAUGGAUGCCGAAGUAACAGGUUUAUGGAGGAUGGUGUUCUCUUGACUUGGGACGAUUUGUCGGUCACGGUUGCUGGUGGAAGACCGAUCCUUCAGGGCCUGACUGGUUACGCUCGCCCUGGUGAGCUGUUGGCCAUAAUGGGUCCUUCGGGUUGUGGCAAAUCCACACUUCUUGAUACCUUAGCAGGGAGACAGGGUCCCAACACAAGCCAAGCAGGACAUAUUCUUAUCAAUGGACGUAAACAAGCCUUGGCUUAUGGAACAUCUGCAUAUGUAACCCAAGACGAUGCGCUGAUUACAACACUGACUGUAAGAGAAGCUGUUUACUACUCUGCUCAGCUCCAGUUACCGGAUACUAUGGCCAAUUCAGAAAAGAAGGAGAGAGCCGAAACGACGACCAGAGAAAUGGGUCUGCAAGACGCCAUGGAUACUCGGAUUGGUGGGUGGGGUGCUAAAGGACUAAGCGGUGGCCAAAAGAGGAGAGUUAGUAUUUGCAUUGAAAUAUUAACACGCCCUAAGCUUUUGUUCUUGGAUGAACCAACUAGUGGCCUUGACAGUGCGGCUUCAUAUUAUGUGAUGAGCAGAAUCGCAAGCCUGAAUCAGAAAGACAAUAUUGGAAGAACAAUCAUUGCAUCCAUCCAUCAGCCUAGCGCUGAAGUGUUUCAACUAUUCACCAAUCUUUACCUUUUAUCUGCAGGCAAAACUGUGUAUUUUGGUCCUGUUUCUGCAGCAAAUGAAUUUUUUGCUUUAAAUGGAUUCCCUUGCCCAAGUCACCAGAAUCCAUCUGAUCACUUCCUCAAAACCAUCAAUAAGGAUUUUGACAAGGAUAUUGAGCAAGGGUUUGCUAAUGGAAUCCCCACACUGGAAGUUAUUGAUAUCCUGGUGAAGUCAUAUAAGUCUUCAGAUAUAUACCAAAUGGCUCAGAAAGAGGUAGCUCAGAUUUGUAAACAGGGUGGUGGAGCAUUGGAGGAAAAUAAUAGGCAGUCUGGGUUCUUCACCCAAUGCCAUGUCCUUACCAGAAGAUCUUUCACAAACAUGUCUCGUGACCUUGGCUACUACUGGUUGCGUCUAGGUAUCUACAUUUCACUUUCUAUUGUACUUGGCUCUGUGUUUAGCCACAUCGGGAUGGACAAUGGAUCAAUCCAGGCUAGAGGUUCACUUAUGAUGUUUGUGGCAUCAUUUCUAACCUUCAUGGCCAUUGGUGGAUUCCCUUCUUUUGUCGAGGAAAUGAAGGUAUUCGAACGUGAAAGACUAAAUGGGCACUACGGUGUCACUCCCUUUGUCAUCGGAAAUACGUUAUCUGCUCUGCCAUUCUUGGCACUGGUCGCACUUAUUCCAGGCGCAAUUACAUAUUUCCUUCCAGGACUUCACCAUGGAUAUCAGCAUUUCUUGUUCUUCGUCAUCAUAUUAUUCGCUUGCAUGAUGUUGGUGGAGAGCUUAAUGAUGAUUGUGGCAAGUGUGGUACCCAAUUUCCUGAUGGGAAUCAUAGUAGGUGCUGGAAUUCAAGGUAUAAUGAUCUUGGUCGGCGGAUUCUUCCGACUACCCACUGAUCUUCCUAAGCCGUUGUUGAAAUAUCCCUUCUACCACAUCGCGUUCCACAAAUAUGCCUAUCAGGGAAUGUUUAAGAACGAGUUUCUAGGCUUGACUUUUCCCAAUGUUGAAGCUGGAAAUGGAGGGUCGCCAACCAUUACUGGUGAAGAAAUUUUGAAGCAAACUUGGCAUUUUGAAACGGCAUACUCUAAGUGGGUUGAUCUUGCUAUCUUGUUUGCAAUGGUUGUUUUUUAUCGAGUAUUAUUCUUGAUUAUCAUCAAGACUACCGAGAAGGUAAAACCGUUGAUGGUGAAAUUCAUGUCCGCAACUCGAAAGGAAAGAACACAGGUCACGGUGAAUCCAUCGGCCACACCUUCGGCGACGCCUUAUUGUGCGGAUAAGAGACAGUGCCAGUAAUCAGGGUGUAUCAAUAGUUUUUUUUCAUGCGUUACAACAAAUAUAGUUGCUAACCAAGUUUUAGUUUGGUUGAAAUUAUCAUAGGUAGGCACCAUAUCCUAGGAGUCCAAACUAUGUGAUUGAAUAAAUCUUCCUUUA